AUGGUCGCUUCCAUCCAAGCCGUACUUCUUGCCUCUCUGUUGUUUGUCGCAGUCUUCGCUCAGUCCUUCGAUGACCUCAGGUUUGUGGUGUAUAACAAAUUCCAUGACUUGCUACUCUCAACAUUCAACCUGGGCCAGAAGUUCAAUUCAAUUCCUCUUGUUUUAUUCACGAUUUCAGUGCUGAAAAAAGAGCCAUGCGUAACGCUUUAGUGCGUUUUGGGCGAGCAGGAGGCGGUAUGAGAAAUGCGCUAGUAAGGUGAGUAACAACUUCAUUUUUUGGUUUUUAAAAUAUCCUUUUCAGAUUUGGAAAACGGUCGGCGAUAGAAGAGGAAGACUACGACUCGAGCGUUCAAGACAAACGUAACGGUGCCCCGCAGCCUUUUGGUAGGUCUAAUUACGUAACGUUUCUAGUUUGUCCAAUGUUCCUUGCCUAACACGUAUCUGCUCCAAUUUGAGAGCGGAUUAUGCCUGGCUUAUGUGUUUUGUGAGCUUUUGUGUCGUCUUCAGUUCGGUUUGGCCGCUCCGGACGUUUGGACCACAUCCACGACAUUUUGUCAACGCUGCAGAAGCUGCAGUACGCCAACAGCAAGUAGAGUCUCUGAUGCGGAUUCUGCAGCAGCCUCAGCUUCAGACGACCAACUGACCUUGAUCUUCUCAUCCUCUAG